GGGAGGCGAAGGCCCGCCCCUUUCCUCUCGCGCCGACGAGAUCCCCGGAUGCGCUGGCUUCCGGGUGUGAGGCCGCUGCCAGGAGUGGGGCCUGCGAGGAGGGAAUGGAGCUGGAGACGGAGGCGCUCCUGCAGGAGGCCCGCGAGAGCAUCGAGGCCGCGCGGAGCUACCGCCGCGAGCUCCAGCAGCGCCUCAGGGGCCUCCACUUGGCCCGACAGCAGAUCAAAGAUAGUGCUGCAUUGACAAGGGAUGUACUUGAACAGCAUUUUAAUGACUUAAAAGGGACCUUGAGGAAGCUGCUGGAUGAACGACUGGUGUCCUUGCUGCAGGAAGUGAAUGCCAUAGAACAGGAAAGCAUCAAACCAUUGGAUGAGUGCCAAAAGCUAAUAGAACAUGGAGUUGGUACUGCUGAUAAGCUCCUCCGGGAAGGAGAAAGUGCUAUUCAUGAUGUUACAGGGGAGAACAAUGACAAGCUUUGCAGCUUUACCAAAAAGGCACUGCAUAUUCAGCUGGAUAGUUUACCUGAAGUGCCAUCACUGGUUGAUGUGCCUUGUUUAUCCGCCCAGUUGGAUGAUUCUCUCCUUACAGUCGUGAAAAGUCAGAUCUUCAGCCAUGGUACAGUUGCAUCUCGACCGCCAGUACAGAUAGAAGAACUGAUUGAGAAGCCUGGAGGUAUCCUGGUACGGUGGAGCAAGGUUGAUGAAGACUUCAUCCCACAAGACUACAGGCUUCAGUAUCGAAAGAGUACUGGUAGUCACUUUGAAGAUGUGUAUGUUGGCUCAGACACAGAAUUCAUAGUACUGCAUAUUGAUCCCAAUGUUGAUUACCAGUUCAGAGUUUGUGCGCGAGGAGAUGGCCGUCAGGAAUGGAGUCCAUGGAGUGUUUCUCAAAUUGGCCGUUCCACAUUAGUGCCUCAUGAGUGGACGCCUGGCUUUGAAGGCUACAGCCUGAGCAGCCGAAGAAACAUAGCCCUUCGAAAUGAUUCACAAGCAGGUGGAGUGCUGUACUCCAAGGCUCCAACCUACUACUGUGGUCAGACAUUGACCUUCCGAAUUGAAACAGUUGGUCAACCAGACAAAAGGGACAGCAUAGGUGUUUGUGUGGAGCAGCAGAAUGGCUGGGAUUCUUUACAGCGAGAUAAAGCGGUAUGCGUUAGCACAAACGGGGCUGUCUUUGUAAAUGGAAAAGAGAUGACAAACCAGUUGCCUGCAUUCACUUCGGGCUCAGCUGUGACAUUUGACAUGGAAGCUGUGAAUAUAGGUCCUUCAAACAAUAAUGAGGGAGGGAACUUCAGACUCAGAGUGACAAUUAGUUCCAACAACAGGGAAGUGGUCUUUGACUGGGUACUUGACCAGUGCUGUGUCUCUCUUUAUUUUGGAUGUUCAUUCUCCUAUCCAGGCUGGAAAGUGUUGGUGUUUUAACCUCUGAUCUCAGAAACAGUGAUCAUUUUAAAUGGUUGCUCAAGUGGCUGGACGUGGUGAUGCAAUGAUUUACUAGUGGAGACUCAACACUUUGUAUGUGUUUAAUACACUGUUGUAGGUCUGUAAGAGAGUGAGUCCCUUAAUGCAGCCUGGUCAACAUUACUUGAACUCUGUUCUUUUUACUGGAUUCACAUAAAAUACUGGUGAAACACUUUUGAGUAACCUGGAAAAUUAUGUAGGGUUUCGUGAUUGCUGUUAUGUCAUGUCUUUUUAGUGUGGGAAUUCUUCAGGAGGAGAAGCUAGAAUUUAUAAUAUUUUUGCACUCAUGUCUAUGAAUGGGUAUACUUACACAACAGCUCCAGUUUUGUCUAAUGGUAUUCUUUUGGCUCAGGGUUUAUGGACCAAAGUUACAUGCAUGGUAUCCUAAUCACUAGAGCAAGGUACUGAAAUGGUAAAUGGUAGCUGGCAUGCUAUCCACUUAGCAUUGAUGCUGCUUGGCCUGUCAGAUAUCUUCUACCUCUGGUGGAAUUUUUGCUGUUCGCCUCUUCAACAAAGAUGCCCGAUUUGAAACAUUUGUUUUGAUCUGGAGUACCUGUGUGCCUUAGUUCUCAAGCUUUUGUUGAACAGCAUUGUAGGUGUUGAAGAAGUUUAAAUUAUGACCCUACUUCAUUCAGUUAAGUGUCACUAAAUUAUUGGCAUGUAGGUCAAACUUUAUAUUACUGGUAUGUAUUUUGCUUUAGAAAAGCAUUGCGCUGAGUGCCACAGGUAGUGCCUUGACUGUGAUCCUGUCACACAUUCCCACAUAAAACUGUCUGUUUGGGGAACCCAAUAUGAAGUGGCAGACAAAAUGGUUGUGAAUCAGAAUUUCUGUCUCCCUUCUUAUCUAUGCAAUUUUGCAGUAAUUUACUGGGAAAGGACCCUGUGCUAUAAGAAUUCUGCAGUAAAUGAGGUACUGUUGUAGAAAAAGGGACAUAUGAAUAUGUUCACCAUGGAUUUCUAUAUUUUGCUGUGUUUUGAAGAGAGUUAACAUAUGGGCAGAAAAUAAUAAACUGGGCUUGCACACCAUAUGCAGUGAAGGCCUUGCUUACAUGCUUGCCCACAUGGUUCAGGCACAUGUGACUAUGCAAAGGAAACAAGUAAUUUUAGCAGUUAUCAAAGAGAUCUAGCAUCUGGUUAAAAUAGCACAUUCUGUACAAAUGGCCCAUUGCAAUAACUAGCGUGUUUUCCAGUUUUGAUGGCAGCUAUACUAUACCAUUGAAUAUUAUCUGCGGCUCUUAACCUAGACUAGAAAUUGGCCACCCCAGGCAAUUUCUCCAGUGGGCUCUGGGUUUGGAGGUGCAAGGGGAUAACCCAGUUUCUGCAGCAAGGACUAGUUUCUUCUUUGUACUGAAACCUGUCAAUAGCGUUAAGCAACUUUCCUCCAGGCAAGCACAGCUGGGAACCCUGGAGAUAAUUUUGUCAUGGAAUGUAUCUAUAGAGCAGAACAUAGGAUAGUGAUUCUUAGUAUACUGAGGCCCAAUUGCUGUUUUUUUUUUUUUUGGUUUGUUUUUUAAACUGUGGUUUCUUCAUGUUUUUUUUUCCUGAGCCAUACAGAACCAAUUUUUCUCCCAGUCGUUAAGCCAUACCAAAAGAUUGCCCUUGCAUCCAAGCAAUCAUCCAUUUGCCUUAUUUUUAUGCUAGUGUAGGAUGUGGAUGGUAGUGUUUGGUUUCCUCUAUAAAAAUGUGUAAAGCAAGCCACCCCACCCAUGGGCUUUCUAUGUCUCAGUAUUGAUCUUUGUGGCUACAUACUUGAAAUAGAAUAAACAAAACCAGUGUUUAAAUUGUAAUAGUGUAAGAAUGGGGCCAAUUCACAUUUAGUGCUGGGGUGUGCCUUGCUUUUUGGCAAAGAGUGGAUUGCCCUCCCAGUUUGUUUAUGUAAAUCAGAGCUUAUAUAUCUGUACUCCUGAAUAUGAAUACACCUGUUGAAUGACUUAGCAGCUCCACCUCCAAAGGAAUGGGUAGAGGCUACUCACAGAUGUAUAUAUGCAAAGUCCUUGUUUCAUUCCUUGCUUUCUACCUGUGGCAAAUGGGAGAAACCAAAAUUGUACAUGCAGUAGACUCCUGUGUGUCAAGUGUACAGUAUGUAGGGCUAAAUGAAACCAAUAAAGAGUUCAAUCAGGGCCUUAACUUCUCAGCCCAGCACCCCUUCCUGAAUGAGGAAGGAAUACAAAGACUUCAUUAAAAAUCCAUUCUUAGUCAAUGGUCUGUAACAAAUAUUUGGUUACUCCCAUUUAGCAUGAGUAGUUUUCUAAUAAGAGAUACAGGACAUUUCUCCCUCCCCCCCUCAUAAAAAAGACAGUAUUUUCUGAUUCUAUGCCACUGAAAAUUGAUAUGGUGUCUGAUCCAUCUGAGAAGGAAAAAGCUUGUUGGAGCAAGUUGACCUAAGGACCAUAAUUUAGGAGCUGUUCAGAACCUUAGCUGGCUGUUGAUACAAGGACCAAAAUUCAGAGGCACCAGUCAUGAAGUGUGCCACUGAUAAAAUGUCUGGCUUGCUCCUUUCUCACACCCUACCCAUAGUGUUAUGGAGGUGUCCGUAUUAGAAACCAAAGCUGAAAUAGAAGUAUGUUUAUGAACCACGUAUGUAUUUACCUCAAGAUACUUUUUAUAUCACGACUUUAAUAAUAAAAUUUGUUAAACCGUUUGACUAGUAUUAUUACAUGGAAAUCAUCUCAUCCUCCCACACAGAUCUUGGAGUGACAUAAUUACUUUGUUACUUUCUUCUCCACAAAAUGGUGGGUUAUCCAAAAUGUGACUUGUUCACUCGCUUAGCAGGUCUUUCAAUUUGGAUUCACCUGGUCCUGGCACAAUGCUGCAAGACUUUGGGGAUGCAGAUCAUUAUGGUAUCUUUUUCUAAUGUUGCAGUUUGAUGUGUGUGUAAAGAUAGAGAUUGAGACUGUUUUCUUUCCCCUAUUUGUGACUUUGUUUUAUUCUUAACCUCACGAUGUUGAAAGCUUUGUGUAUAUUCCAAGUAGUACUUAAUAGUGUUAGAGAAAUAAAUAAUUAGCCACCAAAACCCAAAACUUUGGCAAGAUUCUGUAUUGUAACCUCAGUCUUCUAUGACUUUAUGAGGUGUGAGGUAGUUCUCUAAAAAUUGUUUUUACUGCAUUUUAACCCAUAGAGAGGCAUGGAUCAUAAAGCAGCCAUUUGAACGUUACAC